AUUUAUUUUGAGCUUUACCAAAUUUUUCCAUUAAAAAUUUUCAACUUUCAAUUCAAGGUGCUUUGGAAAACUCAACCAGCCAACAGUGUUCUGGAGGGAGCUGAAAAGAAAUCUUAAUAGAAGAUUACAGCUUCAGAAGAGUGUUGCUGAAGUGUGUGGAAUCUUUGUGACAUGUCAUGAUCUUUGCAUUCUGAACACUAUUCAGAGUUUCACGUUGAUGUUGGCUUAAUUGUGUGCACAUAGGAGGGGAUAGUUUGGUAUAUGCAUGGAAGGAAGAGAAGGGAUGAGUUCUGGGGUUACAGUGAUAGGGGCAGAAGCUCCAUCAGCCUAUCAGAUGGCACCAAGGAGUGAGGUUCCAAGCCAGGGUGGUCCUGUUCCCCCUGAAGCAGCAACUGGAACUAUGGGUGUCUCCCCAGUGAGUGUGGGAUUGGAUGGAACAGCAGUUAAGAAGAAAAGGGGUAGACCAAGGAAAUAUGGGCCUGAUGGGUCUGUCACUAUGGCAUUGUCUCCCAUGCCAAUCUCAUCUUCAGCUCCAUUUUCUAAUGACUUCUCAUCUGGGAAGCGGGGGAAGCCGCGGGGGAUGGAGUACAAGCUGCAGAAGAAAUUUGGAGUGGAUCAUUUUGGUGACUCUAUUGGUACAAACUUUAUGCCUCAUAUCAUUACCGUCAAUGCUGGUGAGGACAUUACUAUGAAGGUUAUAUCUUUUUCCCAACAAGGACCCCGUGCUAUAUGCAUCCUAUCUGCUAAUGGUGUAAUAUCAAAUGUUACACUUCGUCAGCCUGAUUCUUCUGGGGGAACUUUGACAUAUGAGGGCCGGUUCGAGAUACUUUCAUUGUCCGGAUCAUUCAUGCCUACUGACAACCAAGGAACAAGAAGCAGGUCCGGUGGGAUGAGUGUGUCAUUGUCAAGCCCAGAUGGUCGUGUCGUAGGUGGUGGAGUUGCUGGACUCCUUGUAGCUGCCGGUCCUGUGCAGGUGGUGGUGGGAAGCUUUUUGCCAAGCAACCAUCAAGAUCAGAAACCAAAGAAACCAAAGUCCGAUUAUCCACCAACUACUGUUACACCUGCCAUUGCAGUGUCUUCUGCACCACCCCCUACUAAUGGCGAAAAAGAGGAUGUCAUGGGUGGACACCUGCUGCACAACUCAGGAACAACCGUCAACUCAAACCUCACUCCCCCCUCGUCCUUUCGCCGAGAUAACUGGGUUAACAUGCACUCAAUGACCGACUCGAUGAAGUCGGCCACUGAUAUUAACAUAUCUCUACCUGAUAGUUAAGUUGACGAACAACCUGCAGUGGCGGAUCCUCUAGUGUUGCUGACAACAUUCAUGACUGAGCUAUUUGUUUAAUGUUUCCAGUGUUGUUAUCUUUCACGUAGUUUCCACUUGUUUCAAACCUAUUAUCUGUUGUCUAUGACCAUAGGAUGAAGUAGUUGACUAGUGUAAGUUGCAGCUAGGUUUCUAUAUUUUUCUUUGCCAACUAGAGUAUCUGAUUCCUUGGUUGAUUAGGUAGAUGCUGCAAUGUGCAGUGUUGUUAUGAGUAGGCUAAUUCGGAUGUAAUGAAAAUUUGUUUGCCUAAUGCUGAAUUUGGAGCUUUUAUGUCUCA